CGAAUUUAGUCCAAAGUCACCCAAGUCCGCCUUCUCUGUUCAAUAGAGUGCUAAUUAUCCAGAAUCAACAAGAUCCUUUUCAAAGUUUCAACUCUUUUCCUCUUUGAAAAAGCAGGAUGAAUUGUAAGAGAUGUUUCUUCUUACCCUUUGAUUUUCAAUCUUGAUUUCAUAUGAAAUUGUUUAGAUGGAUCAGGGAGUUUACCCAAAUUUGAUGAAUAUCUUGGUGGACUACUUUUGGACUUGAGGGACAGUCCAGAAUGAGGUAAAUUAACCACUGUAUGGGAGCCUACUUUCGCGCCUUUCCGAGGAAGAAUGAGAAAUAGAAUGAAAAUAAAAUUGGGUUGGGUUUAAAAGAAGCAGUUGUUGGGCUAUCAAAAGGGAAUUGGGACUGGGCUUUCGUGUUUUAACGUUUUUACUUUGCUUCUUUGUUUUUCCUGGGCACUUUUAUUUUAUCAUUUCUUGUCUGAAAAAAAGAAAAAAAAGGGUAAUAGGCCAUAUAAGAAACAAGAAUGAGUUCAGAUCUAACACGAAACCGGGACUUUUCUUCCCAAAAUCACAGUGAUGCACAUGAAACACGAGCUUCCAACGUUUCCCUUUAUGGCUUCAUCACCCCAUUACGUCUGAAUUUCUGAUAACUGUCCUUGCUUCUCUUGAAAUUCCUCAUUUCCCUUUUGUAUUUAUGUUUACUUCUCACGGAUUUCAUUGACCUUACUGAAUCUUAGCUCCUUUCUUUCAAUACUGCCGAUUUUCAAUAGUUUAGCUGUAUUCUGUCAAUCUGUUGUGAUACGAACUCUUGCGGGUAAGUUUUCCAGGAACACCAGCCCGCAUAGUGGGUUUGAUGUUACUGAGCGUUUGAAGCAUUCUUUGUGGGAUUUUAGUUGUUUUCCGCUUUUAAGAAUUCAUCUGUAAAUCGCCCUUGAAGAGCGUUAUUCAAACUCGACCCAAAGUGUAUAUCACUGUUUAAGGAAGUGCCGGUAGUAAUUAUUUGCAUAAGUUGUGGUGGGGGCCUGACGUGGAAGGCUGGAAUUAGGUUCUCUGGACUGUGAGGAGUAGCAGGAAUGGGAGAGAAAUUUUGGUUGCUUGGAAGAGACAAGGCUUUGGUUGAAAGCGCACUGGGUUCUGAAGCUGUUGAGUUUUUUAUUUGGUUGGCAUCCAAUAAUGUGUUGUCUGAAUUUUCUUCACUUGGUGGGGAUCUUGGGGUUCAGGAUAGUUUAACCAAGAUAGUUGAGGGCUCCGAUUGGACUUAUGCUAUUUAUUGGCAAGUGGUAACAUCGAAAUCCGGGAAAUCGGCUUUAAUCUGGGGUGAUGGGCAUUGCAGAGAACCCAAACCAACUGAGAAGAAGGAUGGAAAGGAUAUGAUGGGUCAGAGUUCAGCUGAAGGCGAAAGGAGAAAAUUAGCUCUCCAAAAGAUUCAUGCCUGUUUUGGGGCUGCAGACGAUGAGAAUGUUGCUGCUAAGUUGGAUUCUGUUUCUGAAACAGAAAUGUUUUUCCUAACAUCCAUGUACUAUGCGUUUCCUUUUGACAAGCCUUCGGUUCCUUCUCAGGCAUUCAAUACCAGCAGAAGUAUUUGGGUUAAUGAUCCAAGAGACUGUAAAGAAAAUUACCAUUCAAGAGCAAACCUGGCGAGAGCUGCUAACUUCCAAACUGUGGUUUUUGUUCCUUUUAAGACAGGAGUAGUUGAGAUAGGGUCUGUAAAGUCAAUAUCUGAAGAUCAGAGUGUAGUUCAAAUGGUUAAAACCACAGUUGGACCUAACAUUGUGCAACCCAAAGCCGUUCCGAAGGUAUUUGGUCAAGAUCUUAGUCUUGCAGGAGGAAAAUCGGGUCCAAUCAGUAUCAGUUUUACCCCUAAGGUGGAAGAUGAUCCGAUUUUCGCUGCUGAUUCAUAUGAAUUGCAAGUCUUAGGUGCCAAUCAAGUUGGUUACCGCAGUGAUGAUGGUGAAGUGAAGCUUUUCCCACCAGUUGCUAACAUGGAAGGUGAUACGGCUAUGCUCUCUGAUGAACAUAGACCUAGAAAGAGGGGUAGAAAACCUGCCAAUGGAAGGGAUGAACCGUUGAAUCACGUCGAAGCUGAGAGGCAAAGGCGUGAGAAGCUGAACCAGCGGUUCUAUGCCCUUAGAGCUGUUGUCCCGAAUAUUUCAAAGAUGGACAAGGCUUCCUUGCUUGGCGAUGCGAUCGCGUACAUUACUGAUCUCCAGAAAAUGAUCAGGAUCAUGGAAGCUGAGAAAGAUAUGGUAAAUGGUAGUAGACAAAAACAGCCUGCCGUCGCCGACAUUGAUCUUCACGAGAGAAAUGAAGACGCUGUUGUACAAGUGAGCAUUCCGUUGGAUGCUCAUCCGGUUUCUAGAGCUGUAAAAGCAAUGAGGGAAAAUCAAAUUACACCGCAGGAUACUGAUGUUACCUUGAAUGAGAAUGGCGAUGUGGUUCACACGUUUUCCAUCAAAACUCAAGGGGGUGAUGCUGAACUCAUCAAAGAGAAGCUAACUUCAGCUCUUCUAAAUUGAAACUUCUGUUUUCAGCUUUUGUUUGUAGUAUAAGCUCAUGUUUAUGAUCAUGUAGCCCUUGUAGUAGUUUGUUUUCAUCUGGAUAUAGAUUGAUGACUUCCCAGUGAAGUAUUUUCUUUAUUCUGAGUCAAGCAUUGAUGUAACAGUGAAAAAAGCUUCGCUGAGCCGAGUUGGAGAUUCUGAUCUCUCGCUUGUAUUAAAACCUGAAGUAUUGAAAAGAGCAGCAGCAUGUUUUAAUGUCAUGACCACUUGACCAUUUGUCAUGCUACAUAAUUACCUUGGUUCACAACCUGCUCUACCAUUUCAUCAUUUCUUUCAGUCAACACUCUACAGUUAUCAGUUUUAUGGUGCA